GUUGUCUCGGGGGCUCGCGCCGUCCGGGGGCGAGAUUCUCUCACAUGCACACAAACUCUCGGAUCGUGCGCGGGGGGGGGAGGAGGGGGAGGAGAUUUGUGUGCCGCAUUCAAUUUCUCGAUCGGGAGCGCGUCUAUCGAUCUGAUCGAGCGAGCGUCCGUUCCUUUGACCGCAGGCUGACGUUCGGGGGCUUGGACUCGUACGGUCCCCGGGGAGGAACGGCCGCGGCCAUUUCGCGCCAGGAGAACGAAUGUCACGAGAGCGAAGAGGUGGAGCGGAUGGGGGCGGGGUAGGGGGAAGCGGUAGGGGGAAGGGGAAAGGGGGAAGGGAUGGCCUUGGGCUUGAAGCCCAUGGAUCCCGUGAUUCGUCAUGCGCCUAUUUCUCUCACCUACGAGACGCGAAAGAUGUCUUCUCGUGCCGCGGGCCUGCUCUGAGUCGCCGACGGAACCCAUCCCCUAUCCGUUCGGAGCCGGAAAGUGGAUGGAUGGAUGGAUCGACCCAAUCUUUCAGGUGGCAUUGGGGCAGCGGAACAAGCGGUCGGGGGUCGGGCGUCGGGCUUCCUUCCCUUCCUUGCCUUGUCGCGAACGCUAAUGUCGACGCUUGCCAUUCCACGACACGUCACCAGCGGAUAAGACACGGCAGGGGCAGGGGCAGGGGAGGGGGCAGGACCCCCAGCUCCAGCCCGCUCCAGCAGCCAGCCUGCCUGCGGAGGAGGACUGACUCUCGGGGUGCUCAGCGUCCUCGCUCCUCCCUUCCCCUUCACAAGACGUCACGCUAUAUCCGAUCCCUGCUGCUACGUGUCCCUCCACCGACCACGCUCCAGCAACUACACGACGCCGCGAAUCGCACAGACGAUCGAUCCAUCGAUCGAUCGAGUCCUCCAAGGAAGCGAAUUCAUAAUCGCGUCAUCAGCUCUCUCCCGAUCCUUCUCUCGACAAAGACGAGACGGGACGAGACGGGACGAGACUAUACGAGAUCAGAUCAGAUCAGAUCAGCUCAACAUCGAACGAAGAAGCCCUUGAAUCGAUACAUGGCGAGCUAAGCCAACAGUGCUCGAAUUCACAGGCUGUGGCUUGCUGCUGGUUCUUUAGCAUCACUCCGUGCUGCAGAAUUUGAGAGGGCCGAAGUCACAGAUGAAUUCCUUUGGAGUGUUGAACCCCGUUGCAGAAGACAAGGACGCUGGAUCACUUUCAUCAUCUCGGCGCGUUCAUUCAUGCAUGCACAUCAUGGGCUGGCUAUCGGCCAGUGCACUGUGAUGUGGAGAUCCCCAACCGCGAAGACCCCCCGAUCGCUGAGAGCUCCUCGAGUCCUUCCCUCCAUCGAUCAGUGAGAGCUCACCUGGCGACGAGACGAUCUGGACGCCGGGACGUCGUUUUCCCCCCGGCGCACAGCUUCUCAUACCUCGGAUCGGGGCUCGCACGCACCACGAACUAUGCAGCCCUGACCGUCUUCCAGACGUCGCCAUGCGCGGUUCCUGGAUGGAUGGGUCUGGAACAGGCAGGCCAGAAUGUCCAACAUUCCGUAGCUUUGACAUUUAGGCCCCUCGGAGUUGAGUUUUUCCUCCUACUCCUCGCGCGGCUUCCUGGUUUGACAUUUGGUGCACCUACCGCCUUGCCCGCAUCACAUCCCCUCUCGAUCACGCCCACCAGGCAGGCAGGCAGGCAGGCAGGCAACACAAAGUACAUUCGUCGGCGCUACUGUGAACAGAAUCAUUCCCUCAACACACAAGCCCUUUGCGAGCGCACGACGAAAUCUCAUCCACUCCAGCCCCAAGCCCCGAGCCCCGAACGUCAACAGACCAUCUACCUCGCGCCCCCUCCUUUUGUGUCAUUGACUCGAAGCGACCCGACCCGGGGUGUCCUGGGCAAUGAUGAACUUGGACUUUAUUGCAUCUUCUUCCCCCUGCCUCCUUCCCGUCGCGUCCGGUCUCAGAGUGAUCAUUACUCCCGUGACCGGUCACUGCCGAGCACCACUGCCGUGGUCGGCUUGCAGCGAACCGAUCUCAUGCCAUGAAGUUACUCUGUCAGAGUGAACGAACGCGAACGUGAACGUAAACGCAAACGCGAAGGCCGCGUUUGCGUUCCCAACGCAAUCGCUAUCUGUUCUCGUCGUCCCCGAGACCGCGCUAGAGGGUCUGUUACAUUCGCGAUCUCUGUUCAUGUAUCGACGCUGGCUGGCUGCUGGAUUGAGAGAGAGAGAGAGAGAGAGAGAGAGAGAGAGUUGUGACUGCCUGCAUGCCUGAGACACUACGGUCCGAGUUUCAAUCGUGAACUUGACGCCCCCGCGAGCUUCAUUCUAGCUACAGCAAAAGUCCAUAUCAUUGAUCUUCCUGCUUGCACGAGUGCAUCCAAGGCCAAGUCCACCGUCCGCCCGGAAUGGAGGUCGAUGAGAUUCAACUCUAGCUCAGACCAGAAUCUGAUCGAAACGACUAAAACGUUACUCACGCGGUAUUGUGAAAAGUCCAUGCUCUGAGCGCAGUCGUGACUUGUAGCGUUGAAUGGAGGAGGUAGGGCGAUGUCAGACCUUCGGUUGAGACUUCGUUGUGGCAUACUUUUAGAAUCUUUGAGUACAGGAAGGAAUCACGAGGUUGGAAUGUUGUUCUUGACCGGAGUCUUCAGAGGAACGCCUUGUUCACGAUUUUGAGAAGUCCAGGUCAAGUUUGUUCUAAUGGUGGAGGGGAAAGUCAAGAGUGAGGUUAUUGUGGCAUGUCCUACAAGUAUGACAGGUCCCAUGUCCAAGCAGAGAAGUAUGAGAAUUUAUAGUAUGAGAAUUUAUGACAGCUUAGAGUUGAACUCUUGUGAUGCAAAUCAAAAACCCAAUGUUUAUCGGAGCUUGGAGAUAUUUAGUAUAUAUAGUCCAAAGAC